CCCAAAUCUGUGGUGCUAAUUCCUCCUCUCUGUCAUGGAUGCCAAUGGCUGAUGCCAUAGGUUAUAUAGUCAAUGCAACAUCCGCAAGUGGCCACUCGGUGUCCUGCAGCUCAGACACUCCAACAUGUGCACUAACAGACCUAGCGUGUGGUGAGACCUACACAGCCACUGUCAUGGCUCAAGGAAUGCAGUGUGACAGUCCGCCCGGACCCAGUGCUAACAUUACCACAGCUCCCUGUCCUCCAACACUUAUAUCUAAGCAGUUCAUGUGUGGCAAUCACACAGCCGUGCUCAGUUGGAGUGACAGUGUUGGACAUCUUGGCUUCGAAGCGCGGAUAGCAGGAGAGAACUAUCUGGUCAGCUGUAGGACUACAAGUACCAGCUGUGUAGUUCAUGAUCUACCUUGUGGCUCGGAUUUUAAUGUUACUGUGCAGACUGAGGGGGCACAGUGCAACAGUACCCCUAGUAUCUGUCAAGUGUUACAAACUGUCCCGUGCGCCCCAGAGAACAUUAGCGCCACGCUUGUGUGUUUCAAUCACUCAGCCCUGGUGUCAUGGGUGGGAAGCCCCAGUGCUGUAGAAUACACAGUGACGUCUACAGGCCAGGAUGGACACACACAUGAAUGCCACACCAACACUACCAGCUGUAAACUGUCACACAUCCACUGUGGUGAAACGUAUAACAUCACUGUAACACCGCACUCUGAGUCAUGUGCUGGACACCCUAGUCAAGUCUACACCUUCAGAGCAGGUCUUUGUCCUCCUGAGAAUGUCACCAUUUCCACAGCAUGUCAGGACAACCCCACUGUGUCAUGGUCCAAUGUAACCAAUGCUGAGAUGUACAUAGCAACAGCGACCGCCGAUGAUGGGCACACACACAAUUGCAGCUCCGACAGUUCUACCUCAUGCCAGUUCACUGACCUCCACUGUGCGCAAACGUACACCGUCACUGUGGUUACUGUUGACCGGGGCUGUUGGAGUGGGCCUAGCUCAGCUGUGGAAGUGACCACAGCUCUGUGUCCGCCCACUAACCUGGCGGGGCAGGUCGCCUGCAAUACCAAUGCAGUGACCAUCUCAUGGGAUGAGAGUUUAGAUCCGUGGGAUUCCUACAUUCUGGAAUAUGAGCCUCUUAGAGGCACGCCACUUACUUCAACGAUGACGACCUCGAACACCUCACACACUUUGACCAACCUGCAGUGUGGACAGAGAUAUUCCUUCUCCAUUGCAGUUCAGAAAGACCUUUGCCAGAGCAGCUACAGCCCUCCUCUGGAAUUAAGUACAGCACCCUGCCAGCCCACAAACUUCACUGCUCAUGUAGACUGUGGGUCAAACAAAGGCAACUUCUCCUGGUAUGAAAGCAACGGAGCAGCUUUUUACACAGUAGAGGUGACGGGGGAGCACGGUCAUGUGGCAUCCUGCUCAUCCAAUGACACUUCCUGCGCUGUCAGACUCCACUGCGGUCGUUCGUACUCGGGCUCCCUGGUGGCAUCCACCGAGAGCUGCAACAGUACCGAACACACCAAUAUUUAUUUCAACUCGGCUCCUUGUCUUCCUGAAGAUGUCCUAGCUGUACUGGACUGUGACUCCAAUGAGAUGAACGUGAGCUGGUCUGAGACCCCUGGCUCAGACAACUACACGGCCUGGGCCAUCAGCGCUGACCGACACACAGCCUCCUGUAACUCCACAUACAACAAUUGCUCCAUCACUGACCUGCAGUGUGGCCACGUCUAUGAGGUGGUUGUCACCUCAUCCUCUGUUAACUGUGAAAUCAUUGCUGGUUCUGACUAUAAGGUCCAGGCUGCGCCCUGUAAAAUGGAAAACACCACAGCAGAUCUCAACUGCAGCUCCAACAUCAUGACAGUGACGUGGGAUCAAGUCACCUCACUGGCUCAGAACUUCACAGUAAGAGCUACGUCCCCUUCAGGUGUUAACUCCACUUGUGAAACCAGUGAUAGCAGCUGUUCCCUCCUGGACCUGAGCUGUGGUCAGCUCUACACUUUCACUGUGACGGGUCACACCAAUGUCUGCAUGAGCGCGAUGAGCUACCCCACAGAGAAGCUAACUGCACCGUGUCCCCCUGGAGACGUGUAUGCAGGGAUGAACUGUACCAGUCGAGAAGCUAUGGUCAGCUGGACAACCGCUGCUGCAGCCACAGCCUACAGCGUCCAGGCAACGUCCACCUACGGUCACAACUCCUCCUGCAUUGAGAUGGGAACAUCAUGUGAUCUUAAGAACCUGGUCUGUGGACAGAACUACUCGGUGAUGGUGGAGGCGAUGCAUUCUGGGUGUGCCGGUCUAACUAGUAGCCCAGUCUGGCUUGCUACAGAACCGUGUGUUCCCAUGAACGUCUCUGUCAACUACAAUGUAAGCGAUGCCCGUGUGCAAUGGAGUGCAGCAAACGGUGCAAGUUCCUACUCAGUGCGGGCUGUAAAUGAUGCGGGCUGGGUUGUCACAUGUAACAGCCCCACAAGCAGCUGCUAUCUGAGUGGCCUGCAGUGCAGCGAGAUCUACAAUGUCACAGUGACAGCACACAACCAGGCUUGUGACAGUUUCACCUCCGAUACCAGGCAGCUUAAUACAGAACCAUGCCCCCCCACGAAUGUUCAAGCCAGUGUGCAGUGUGAACAACUUACAGCAACUGUUUCCUGGGAUCAGAGUGAGCUUGCUGUGGGUUAUGUCGCCUACUUUGACGACUCAUACUACGCUUUGACCUGUGAGGCUGCAGACACGGACACCAGCUGUGUUGUCUCAGGACUGAUGUGUGGCACGCAUUAUUACGUGUGGGUCAAAGCGUUGGGAGAGGAGUACAACAGCUCUUCCAGCACAAUGGUCUCGCUCACAACAGCGCCUUGUCGACCUAGUGGUAUUGAGGCUGUUCUGGACUGCGAGACCAAGUCCGCUACUGUAUCCUGGCUACCCAGCAUUGGAGCCGUGUCUUACGUGGCUGAACUUCCAGCCUUGUUGGGCCACACCACCAGCUGCGCCACCAACCACACCUACUGUUUGCUGCCAUAUCUGCAGUGUGGACAAGAAUACAACGUCACUGUGACGACUGUGGGCGAGACUUGCAACAGCACUGGCCAAAUGUCAGGAUACCUCACCACAGAGCCUUGUGUUCCCAUGAAUCUGUCCAUCUACUUCAGUAUCGGCGAAGCUCAUGUCAUGUGGAACACAGCAAGAGGCGCCAAGUCUUCUUCUGUCCAGGCUGUGACUGACCAGGGAUUGACAGCCAACUGCAGCACCAACGGCACCCACUGCACCUUAACUGAUUUAGAGUGCAGUCAGAUCUACAACGUUACUGUGACUGCACACAACAAGGCCUGCAACAACACAGCCAUAUCUGGAACCUACCAACUCAUGACAGAACCCUGCCCACCCAUCAACGUUGAGGCCAGUGUGCAGUGUGAACAACUUAUAGCUACUGUUAGCUGGGAGCUGAGUGAGCUUGCUGUGGGUUAUGUCGGCUACUUUGAUGACACAUACUACACUUUGACCUGUGAGGCUGCAGACACAGAAACCAGCUGUGUUGUGUCAGGACUGAUGUGCGGCACACAAUAUGACGUGUGGGUCAAAGCGUUGGGAGAGGAGUACAACAGCUCUUCCAGCACAAUGGUCUCGCUCACAUCAGCUCCAUGCCUGCCCACGAGCAUAGAGGUUGACGUGAAUUGUGACUAUGAUGGUGUGGCAAUGGCUUCCUGGAAUGCUACUCACGGCGCAGCAAACAUUUCCCUGACAGCCAGUGGAAGUCUUCAGGUGCAAUGUGAAGCCCAGCACAACACCUGUAACCUGACAGGCUUAAGUUGCGGGGAAACCUACAACCUGAGCCUCACAGCAAGCAACAACCAGUGCACCCUCACGUCACAUCUGUACUCUAACGUCACCACACGCCCAUGCACACCUCAGUAUGUGAAUGCUGUCCUGCAGUGUGGCUCUGAUACUGCCACCCUGUCAUGGGACAAGCAGUCUGAUGUGGAACUUUACAUGGGAAGCGCCGUCACUGCUUCAGGAGAGGUGCAUUGGUGUAACUCCACAGGUUAUUCCUGUGAAUUCACAGGACUCUCCUGUGGGGAGACGUACAACUUAACUGUGACAGCAGAGAGUCACGGCUGCCACAGCCAAGCCAGUGACACAGUGGUCAUACACACAGAUCCUUGCCAGCCUGUGAUGGUUUCGGCUCAGGUGGUUUGUCAGAGCGAGGGGGUACAACUUUCCUGGCAUCCAGCGAGUGGCGUGGUGCAUUACUUAAUCACAGCCACAGGAAGCCUCGGCUACGUGGAGAACUACAAUACGACGCAGACAGACCUGACUGCUGUCCUACCAUGCGGCCAGAACUACAGCGUUAUUGUGCAAGGCCAAGGCAGCAAAUGCAACAGUCUCCCAAGCAGCCCUGCCUUUUUCAAGACAACUCCAUGCACCCCUCGUGAUGUGACAACCUACAUACAGUGUGAGGGGAGCACAGCCUCUGUUAUGUGGGGGGCAACUGAAGGUGCUCUAAAAUAUGCUGCAGAAGCCACUGGGCUUGAUGGACAUGUUCACUGGUGUUACAGCAACACCACCCACUGCACCUGGGAUGACCUGCAUUGUGGGGAGCAAUACACAGUCGUGGUGAGGGCGGAGGAUGAGAACUGCACCAGCCUGAACAGCAACAGCACUGUCAUCUACAUGGAUCCCUGCUUGCCCCAGAAUGUACUUGCAUCGGUUGACUGUUAUAUGAACGUUGUCUCUCUGAGUUGGGACACCAGUAACGGGACGAUGAUGUACGUGGUCUCAGCUGAGGCGGGAAGCCAAAGUGUUGAGCUUAGCACUAAUGACACCGUAGCGCAGUUCUCGGACCUUAUCUGUGGGGGAAAUUACAGCUUCACAGUGACACCUCACGGGCACUACUGCGUGGGCAUGACCAGUGUUCUUGCCUCCAUACAGAUAUGGCCAUGUCCACCUGAGGGGGUCUACACCACACAGGACUGCCUCUCUGGUAUCGUCAUGGUAACAUGGCAACCCAGCGACGGGGCAGUACACUACACGGCCACCAUGGAGUCAAACAGCGGCGUCUCCCAAAACUGCAUGUCAUACUCUGAUAGAUGCAACGUCCCCGGACUGACCUGCGGAUACAACUACUCUGUGUCCGUCACAGCGAGCAACCAUCAGUGUAACGUUACCUCCAUGGAGCCUCACAGUCUGCAGUCAGUGCCUUGUGUUCCUACUAACGUCUCCGUGGAGAUGGACUGUGCCAACAACACCGCAGUCGUGUCCUGGUCUGUCAGUCACGGUGCAUUGAAGUACUUAAUGACAGCCUCCAGUCACUAUCGCAACAUCAGCCACCAGACCUCUGACCUCAACUGUACACCGGAUGACCUCAUGUGUGGUAGCCGAUAUUCCAUUCAAGUGGUGGCAAUGGAUGACAACUGCUCCAGUGUUCCCAGUCAAGUCCUGGUAUUUGACUCAGCACCAUGUCCACCCCAGAAUGUGACGACCCAGCUAAGCUGCAUGUCCGACAACUUGACAGUUUCUUGGGACUCGGUCGGGGAUGUUGACUACUUUUUGGUGUGGAUAAACGGGUACAUGGGAGGAAGCAGCGACACCUUUAACACCACCAGCACAGAGUGUUCCACUAGUAACAUGAUAUGCGGGAAUAACUACACUGUCCAAGUCGCAUCCGUCAGAGGGGACUGCCAGACCAGAUCCAAGCAGACCCACAGCGUUCUGUCAGCCCCAUGCCAGCCUCAGAACAUCCAAGGCAGGCUAGACUGCGUGACCAAUUCGGCCUGGAUCUCAUGGGACACCGCCAUGGGCGCUGACUGCUACACUGUGUCAGCAGUCGGGGAAGACAACAGCAUGGCCAACUGUACCACCUGGACAAACACCACCUGUGAGGUGGAGGACCUGGCUUGUGGCAUUCUUUAUAACUUCAGUGUGACUGCAAAGAACAGCCAGUGUGAGAGUCAGCCCAGCACAACCAUUGACCUGCAGACUGCCCCCUGCUCCCUGUCUGGCAUUACAGCCAUCCCUCAGUGCCAUAACUCCUCCAUCCUCGUCAUGUGGGAGCUCGCAGAGGGCAGCGAGGGAGACACGGUGUACACCGCCACAGCUGAAGCCAGUGACUACACGUACUUGUCUUGCAAUGGCACUGGGACCAGCUGUACCCUGCAUGGGGCGCAAUGCGACUUCCACUACACCAUCAUCGUUGCUGCUUCAUCAGACCAGUGCAGCAGUUUGAGAAGUCCGCCGUACAGGAUAAGCAUGGAACCAUGUCCACCUAAUGAGGUAAACGUCACCGCCUACUGUGAGGAACACAGCGCACUGGUGUCCUGGACCCGCUCCCCGGUUGCUGCAACCUACCACGUUGUUGCAAAAGCUGCAGAUGGACACAUAUACACCUGCGACGCCUUCUCCACCAACUGCAGCUUAACGGGACUCCACUGUGAUGAGCAGUACGCAGUGUAUGUCACGUCCAGCCACGAGAACUGCACAAGUGCAGCCAGCUACAAUGUUACCCUCAACACAGGUCCUUGUCGGCCAGAUGAUCUGUCAGUGACCUUCCACUGCAGUAAUCAGUCUGCAGUGUUGUCCUGGACCCCCAGUGAUAAUGCUGUGGACUACCAUGCCUGUGCUCAGUCAUGGAGCGGAGAUAUGCUCUACUGCCACAGCACAUAUCCCACGUGUACCAUCCAGAAUCUGGAUUGUGGGGUGCUGUAUAACUUCUCUGUCCAGGCUUCGGACGGCACUUGCAACAGCUCCUUCAGCGACCCAGUUCAGACAGGAGCAGCCCCUUGUCCUCCAGAUGCUGUUCAGGUGCAGCCUGGGGUGAUAUAUAUGGACGUCCAGACAAUGAUGUUUAGCUGGAUGGACACAGGCUGCACAGAAACGGAGUACCUGCUGAUUUUAACAGGAAACCUGCUGGGAGACAACCAGGCUCAGUUUGAGCUGUCUUCCUACUGGACAAACAGGACAUCAUUUGAGAUUCCACUUCCUUGCGGGUCAUGGUACUCGGCUGCAGUGGAGAGCCGCAACAUGGCCGGAACCAGUGACCGAUCUGUGCCUCUUAAUGGAACAACAGCGCCGUGUCCACCAAUGAAUGUGAUCUACAGUAAUGACAGCCUUGUCACCACAGUUUCCUGGGACCCAUCAGUGUUUGCCACCACAUACUCUGUGUACACGCAAACUGUUUCACUCAGUUCCCAGCUGUGCACCACCCCAGGCCUGUCCUGCUCCCUGCCCCCCAGCAUCUCCUCUGCAGAACUGCUGAUCACGGCCAGCAAUACAGCCGGAGAAAGCGAAGGAGCGAGCGUCACGACUGUGAUUCCACAUGAACGCAGAAAAAGAGACCUCAGUGAGAGUGAGGGCCUGCCAGCUCCUGUGGUACAGGCCAAAGUGGCAAAUUCAACAGUCAUUGCCGCCGAGUGGUCCCAAGUCGACUCUGCCAUUGAUUACAAGCUGAUGAUCACGCAGCAGGGCAUUGCUGAGGGUCCACAGGAACUAACAGUGAUCGGGGAAAGCAUCAUCCUUGUCGAUCUGAGCCUCAACUCCACUUACUGCCUUACGGUGUCGGCAAGGAACAAUACCAAUGUGGGACCAGAAUCGGAACCUGUCUGUUUGCAAACAGGCUCGACCCACUGACAUGUCCACACUAUACACCUGAUGAUAAUGUGACGAUGAAACCUUACAACACCCUGCUUAGACCUGCCGCAACUCAAGAAGUUCUUUUUUUGACUAGCAAUUGCACGUUAUAUGGGCAAAAGUAUUGAACCACAGCACUUACUGUAAUUGUUUAUUGAGACUGAAGAAGUGAUUGCCACCACUUUCAAAAGGAAGUUACACUUUUUACCCUUAGGUAAUCCCAAAACGGUCCCUCUCAUACUGUAUAAGCCUUUUUUUUUUAAUUUAGCUAUAUUAAAUCUUUUCAGCACCUUCCAGCCAAACCAUUUUUCAAAAAUCUAUUUUGGAUGUUUUUAUGCCUUUUUGUAAUAAGAACCUCAAUAGGAAAAACACAAAAUAUACAAAAUUUUCCAAAGUAGAAUAUUUGGGAUGAGGUUAUUACUGGGGCUGCAACUAACAAUUAUUUUCUUAGUCGAUUAAUCUGAAGCUUGUUGUUUCAACUAAUCCAGUAAUCGGUUAGGCCCAAAACAGACCAAAUCAAUACGAACCAAACACUUAACAGUUACUGGUUUGGUCUGCAACAUAUCAGAAAAGAGGCAAAACUGUUGAUUGAUUGUUGCAGCUUUAGUUAUUACAGCCUAUGGCAGGGGUGACCAAUGUGCAGCCCGGCCGCCCAUUUACGACCUGUGGCUCAUUUGUUUCAGUGGCCCAUGGCACAUUGUAGAAAUAAAAUUAAGCAAAAAAAAAAAACCCAGCAAAAAUUGUAAAAAUGGAACACAAAGACACAAUGUAAAGAGGAAAGGCUGAAAUGUUGAUACUAAUAACACAAAGCUUUGUUUUGAACAUAUACAAUUUUACAAAAUAAAAAAAAAUAAAUAAACAUAGCCCCCAGCAUCCUUUGUUUUGAUUUUCUUUGAGAAGUUUGAACAUCACUGUGCCAGUGUCCAGUGGGACCAAAUCCGUUCCGACUGUAAAAAGUGUAUAGAUAAGUAUAUGCGCAUCUACUACUACCUAUACUUACCUGACAAACUACUUACCUGACAAAAGGGGAUUGUUACUUCACAAAAAAAAAAAAUCAUGGCAUGUUUCAGAAAUAAACCUUAAAACUGACCAAUACACUGGUAAUCAAAAGUCAUGGUAUGGUUUACUCAGUCAAGAUUGUGAGUAAAUGUGACUCCUGACCUCACAAAUGCGCUCCAAAAUGCACAGAAGCUCUUUAAGUGUAAUGGCCACUAUUUUUGUCCAUAUAGUGUAGCGAAUUUACACUACAAGGCAGGUAACAGAUCCUAAUAAGUCUAACGUGUUGUUUCAAAAAACAGAAAACUUUCUAUUGCUACAUCUUAAUG